AUGCCAAGCAACAACCUGACUGCGAGCAGGACCGUCGACGAGGUAGCCGUCGACUACGCCCAAUUCCUCACUGCUGUGAGGAGCCGCUGGUCUUUGUGGUGGACUUCCCCCCCCCCCCCCCCCCACCUGAACGAGGAUGAGGAGCACCAGAGGGCCCUUUGCCACGCAUACCAUCGUGUGACAGCUCGCAUGGGUUUGAGGUACUUCUCUGCGGAGGAGUACUUCCCCCGUACGCGCUUGGAUCUGUGGAGCAGAGACGGCGUUCACCUGAGCGACCAUGAGGGGAUGGGGAUCCUCACCCAGCUGCUGUGGGCCUCCACGGAGCAGUUCCUCGAGACACCACCACCACCACCUCCCCCUCCCCCGGUGUCUGCUACUCCUUCACAGCCGCUUAGGAACGUUUCUCCUAAGCUGGUUUUGAAGGGAGAGCCGCAGGUUCCUGGUCCGGUCAGCGUGGCUCAGCAGCAGGAGAAGGAGUCCUUCCUUCCACUGAACCCACGGUGGUUCAUUAGCACGACACUUUCUGUUAUGGUGGAAGUGUCUCCUUCUCAGCUGUCUGACGUGGUGGACGUCCCAUCUCUUCCAGCGCGCAAGAAGGUGGCCUCCCCAGCGGCAGCCAGGCGUCAUAGGACCACGGAGAGACGCCCCCCCCCCCCUGCUACCAGUCUCCUGUGAACAACCAGGUUGGAUCCCCUCCAGCCAGGCUGUCACGGAGACUGGAGGACGACGGCCCUUCCAGCCCGGUUCCUCGGUCUAGGACCACGGAUGGACACCCCCCC